AUGGGCUGCAAUCUGUGCACUUUACAGAAGAGAGAGGAACACUACAAACUCCUGUACGAAAUUACUCAGGUGAAUGGACGGGACUUGUCCAAAGCCGGUCAAGAAGAGGCUGUGGAGGCCAUGCGAAAAGACCCCAUUGUUGUGCAGGUGCUGCAACGCAGUCCAGCUUCCUGUUACCCGGGUAACCUGCAAGAGGUUGGCCUAGUGGAUGUUUGCACACAGACAGACAUCACGUUUGAACACAUCAUGGCACUCACCAAACUGCGGCCGGCGACCCCUCCUGUACCUGAUGUCUGCCCCUUCCUGCUCUCCGACAGCUGUCAUUCCAUUCAUACAAUGGAACAUGAGUACUAUGAAUGUCCAGAGUAUUUGUCCAAUAACCAGGCUGAAAUUGAGAGGACCGAUGAUUUUGAGUAUGAGGAGGUGGAGCUGUGUCGUUUGAACAGUGAGGAGAAGCUGGGGCUGACCCUGUGCUACAGGACAGAUGAUGAAGAGGAUGCAGCCAUCUAUGUUAGUCAGAUUGGACCAAACAGCAUCGCUGCCAGAGACGGGAGAAUCCGCGAGGGGGAUCGAAUUUUGCAGAUCAAUGGAAGAGAUGUGCAGAACAGAGAGGAGGCUGUUGCUCUGCUCUCUAAUGAAGAUUCCAGGAGCAUUGUGUUGCUGGUGACCAGACCAGAGACACAGGUGGAGGAAGGUUGGCUUGAUGAGGAACAUAAUGACUUCCUUGAGGAGUUAAAGAUGGAAAUUUUGGAAGAGCAGCGAAAAGAGGAGAUCCACAAAACCACAAGUCGAGCAGAGCUAAGGAGGCCUGAAGAAGAUGCUGUUACCACAGAUACAGCCACUUACUGCUCCUCCAAUGCACAGGACAAGGACAGUGGCGUACAGGAGAGCUCAGAACAUGAAGCAGCUCCGCCACUUGGUAGGUGGAGACCACCUCAUCAUCGUCUGCGUGAGAGACAAGAGACAGAGCCAGGACUGGUUGCCAUGGAGACGAUGCACCUUACCAACCAGGAAACAAUGGUUGGUGGAAGCGAGGCCGCAGUUGAAUGUGACCGUUUUCAGCGGCUGCUGGAGCUCAAGUGUCGCAUCAGCAACAGUGGCGAAUGCGGUCUAGUCUAUCGUCACAGCAGAACCAUAGAGUGCAGUGUGACAGAGCAAGGCGGAGGGGUUGAGCAUGAGCUCCGCCUGCUUAAUGAAGAGCUGCGCAGCAUUGAACGAGAGUGCCAGAGCAUCAUGCAGGCUCACCAACUGCGGACCAGUCAGCGAGCAUCGCCUCGGCAACGUCGUGGGAAGUUGGCUGACAUCACUGAGCAGCCAGAGAGAGCAUCUAGUGACAGGCUAUUGCGUGACAGCUCUAGCGCCUACAACACAGCUGAGAGUUCCCGUUCAACUCCAAUGGGGAUGGAAGGUUCUCCCGACCAUUCUGUGCAGCGUCACGUCAGCCUGACCAAUCAGAAGAACCUGCGUAGCAACCUCAGCAUCCACAGCAGUCCCUCUCAAGGUCACCCCACAUCUGAUGCUAGCCCCACUCCCACCCUCCAGACACCCCCCAGCCCUGGCCCUCAUGGCUCUGGCUCUCAGUGCCUCAACUCCAGCAGUCUGGAGCAGAGUCCCAGCAACCCCUCCGAAUCUGACCCGGCGCUCCCGGCUGACGACGAGCGCCAAGACCACAGAAGGACUCGCCGGAACUAUUCUUCUCCAUACCACCACCAACCCACGUCAAGCUCCCAGAGUCGCCACUACCAGAGCUACCUGCAACUUCUCCAGCAACACUCCUCUUCCUCACUGGAGUACUCUCAGAGUCUCCUCAGCCUACGAGGGCCCAGUCGACCUGGUCAGCCUCGCCUUGAGUGGAAGGUGAAAGUCCGCUCUGAUGGCACACGUUACGUCGCGCGUCGACCUGCCCGCGAUCGCAUACUACGUGAACGUGCCCUACGCAUCCGUGAAGAACGAAGCGGUGGCAUGACCACAGAUGAUGACGCGGUCAGUGAGCUGAAGAUGGGCCGGUAUUGGAGCAAAGAGGAGCGCAAGCAGCAGCUGGCACGAGCUAGGGAGCAACGUCGACGACGGGAGUUUAUGCAGCGCUGCAGGCUGGAGGGUCCAAGGGAGCAAACGGGAGGUGGCGUCAGUGGAACUGAACCGCGGAAGGAAGUAAACAUUCUCGAGCUCAGCCAACGCAAGAUGAUGAAGAAACGUAAUAAGAAGAUCCUUGAUAACUGGAUGACCAUUCAAGAACUGAUGACCCAUGGGGCAAGAGCAUCCGAGGGCACCAAAGUUCAUAACGCCUUUCUGUCAGUCACAACCGUGUAA